AUGGAAAAUGGUUCCAUAGUUUCAAAUGGCACAGUCUUCUUUGAGAAUAGCCUGUUUGUUUCUGUGUACGGAUUGACGGUGGCAGUCGGAUUACCUCUGAACACCUUUUCUUUGUGGGUGUUCUGCAAAAAGUUGAAACUACGAACGGCUCCAAUCAUUUAUUUGACUAACCUGGCAAUUUCAGAUCUACUCUUCAUUCUCUCAUUGCCGCUCAGGGUAUAUUACUUUGCAACCUCUCGAUGGAUAUUUGGAAAGGUUGUUUGCGUUGUGUCGGAAACUGUGUUUUCAUUGAAUUUCUAUACAAGCCCUUUCUUGAUUGCAUUGAUCAGUAUUGAUCGUUAUUUGGCUGUAGUUUACCCAUUGAAGUCGAGGUUUCUUAGAAGUCGUAGAGCAGCCAUCGUCGCCUGUGCUACUGUUUGGAUGCUUGUCAUGUUGAUGAGUUUUCCUAUCGCUUUUGCAUAUCAUCAGAAUUAUUCAAAAAACGAGUCAAAAUGUUACGAAGGAUAUUCAAAGGAAACUUGGCAAUCUGCUGUAAACCUCAUCUUAGUGAUAACAACCCUUGGAUUUGGUGUGCCUUUUGUAAUCAUUAUCAGUAGUUUCCUCGCUGUUGUCAGAUUUUGGUUUCGAACCAGAAAGGAAUCUCAAGCUUUUAAAAGAUACAAUAUCAUACCUUUGUUUCUACUGAAUAUUGGGGUCUUCAUUGUGUGCUUUUUACCUUUCAAUGUUGCUUUGGCAUUCUAUGGACUGCAUCAAGCAGGAUACUUCUCGAUGGAAGGGAGUUUCCCAGUGCACGCUGUGACCAUGUGCCUGGCCAGUAUCGGCAGCUUCAUGGAUCCUAUUGUUUACUAUUUUACCAGUCAAGCAUUCACAAACAUUGCAAUGAAUACAAAGGAAACUUGCAAUGCAAUGGAGUUACCAAAAAGAGGACGUCAAACUACCAAUGAAAACUCCUCACUUGGCAACUGA